AUCACUAUUUAUAAUACAACUCAGUUAAUUUUUCGAUAAAAGUGAUCAGAAAACUGUCUUUCAAAUAUCGGAACUUUCUACAAAUCCAAUUAAUUUUAUAAUUUAAAAACAAAUUUUAUUGUUACAAAAGUUUUAUAAAUUUACUCACGAUGAUGAUAUCAAUGAGGAAUAUUAUUUUGAGUGUAUGGUUCGCAAGUGUUUCUUGUUGUGAAUUCGAAAACUUCAAUUUAUCAGUAACAGAUACUCCAAUCACACACAUAAAUGUGGCUCAACUUUUUCAACUUUGUUAUGCGAAUCCAUCAAAUCCUAUAGCCAUCACUGAAAACUUGGCAAAGACAUUGCACAAAAAUUUGGCCGAUACAAUAAAGGCACCUGUCAUUAUCAUCAACGAUGAAUUCAUAUCAAGAGACAUUCAACUAUACUUUCCAACCUAUCCAAUGUAUAUUUUAUCAGUGUCAAGUUAUAAGGAAUUGAACGCUCUUCUACGGAAAUUAAUAUUUUCACCCUUCUGGAGUAUUCAAUCAACGUUUUUCGUGAUCGUUGAAUCUGUAGAAUCAUGUGAAAUGGAUUCAUUUCAAGCUUUGGAACUACUAUGGGAGUUUGAACUGUUAUCAUGUGUCGUAGUGUGCUCUAGUACCGGCGCUGAAACCACUCUCUAUACUUACAAUCCUUUCACAAAGCGAGCUCCCGAUCCUUGGAUUGAAAUUGAGAAAAAUUGGUUUGACUACCGUCGUCGACCAUUGACCUUCUACAAGCAAUCUUUCACUGAUAAUCAAAACAUAUGUGCGAAUCUUACUUUCGAUAAAACUAAACUUCUUGAUGGUUAUCCUGGUACAAUAGCCGUGACGAAUCGGUUUCACAGAAGAUUUUACUUUAUUGAAACAUUUGCUUCUUUGAACAUGACUCCGCAAAUGACUAAAUUCGUAGAUCCUAUUUUAGUCGCUAGAUCAAUAAUAAAUGGUAAACGAGAUAUUAGUGACGACUUGUACGCUGAUUAUGCAACUCAAUUUGGAGACGUAGUGCCCGUGAUUUUUGAAGAAUCUUAUGCCAUAGCAACACAAAAGCGAAGUUUUCAACCAGUAUUUUAUGAAGUUGAGAAUGUCAUUGAUAUUAAUGGGGCUAUAGGGAUAAUAAUUAUUCUUCUUCUAAUUACCGUCCUGAUUAUAUUGCACAACGGGUAUCAAGUGAGAUUGGCUAUUCUGGAUGUCUUGAAGCUGUUGAUGAGUAUGGGAAUGGAUACACCUCUUGAUCGACUUGCCAUGAAAUUAACCUUCUUUACUGCUUUUUUGUUCGUUUUUAUAUUUGGUCCAUCGCUUGAGGGACAAAUAUUCGCCUCACUUACUCGCCCGCCAUCUCAGAACGUGGAGUCCCUUAAGGACUUGUAUGAUCAAAAGUACCACGUAUAUUACAUUCAAGCGAUCCAUAAUAAUGUCUUAGGAGAGGAAUUAUGGAAAACUGAAGAGGAAAUGAAAUAUUUACAUCCCCAUUCAUCCUCUUUUUCCUUAGAAGAAUGUUUGCAACUAAUGAUGCGUGAUCCUGAAGUUGCGUGUAUUGAUGAAAAUAAGGUCUUGUUAUCUUGGACUAUGGAUUUUCACAUUCACAUAUCCAAAAGAUUAGUGUUUAACACGAAUUUUUUCCAUCAUCAUCGCUUAAAUUGGGCCCUGGGCAAACGAUUUUAUCAGAGAUUAUUAAAAUUUAAAGAAUUAGGUCUCACAAUUGAAGAAUCAGUGUACGCAGGGAUUGCAUCACACAAAAUGAAAAUGGAAGAAAGAAAAAAAAAAAUGUUAGAUCAUGACAUAAUCGACGCUGAAGAUUUGACAAAUUUAUAUAUAUUCUUGGCUUUUUUUCAGCUUCUGGCAGUCAUCAUAUUUGGUAUUGAACAUAUCUUCGCAUAUUAUCGCCGACAAAGACGAUAGAAAUAAAAAUUCGAUAACAUCGAAAAAAUAUGCCUAUUAAAAAAAAUCGGAUGCGCGUGACUCAAUAAAUUUGAUUGUGUAGAUUUCCUCCAUUCAACCGAUUCGUAUGUUUUUUUAUUUAAAUUAAGUUAUUUAUUAACAGUCGACUGUUAUAUUUUGUGAGUAUUAAAGCAAAAGCUUCACCAUUAGAUGUGAUUUUUACAAUAAUAAUUGUGCAAGUAAUCAUAACAUAUAUUACGAGAAUUUAAAAAUAUUGAAUAUAAUUCUAACCACUAUAGUUGUAAUUACACAAUAAUAUAUAUAUAUUUUUUUCAGUUUCCCUGACUAAAAACUUCGAUUGAAUCUGAUUCAAUACAAUAAGAAUUGUGACUUUCCAUAUGAGACCGAUUAAAUCUAAUUGAAUAAAUUUUAAUCGGGAAACAAAACAAGAUUUUUUUUCCGUUUCAAUUCAAUUCAGUCUGAGUUUUUAAGCAGGGUUCAAUAUCACAUUUAAAUGUGUCUCCAAUUCAAUUGAAUUUUCGAUUUUACUAAUAAGAUUCAAUUGUAUUGUACCAAAAAAAAAAAUGAAAAAUGAAUAUUUUAAUGAGGCACGAUAUGAUCAAAUUGUGUAAGUUUUAAUCGUCUUUACAAGUAAUUUAUUGAGCUAUUCUUCCGAUUAGGUCACCCUGCCGAUUUCACGAUUUUUUAUCUCACGAUUUUGGCUACCGAUUUCGCUCUAAAUUUCAGGAGAUCUUCUUUAUGUCAUCACAAAAGACGUGUGAAGUUUUGAGUGAAAUCGGUAGCCAAAAUCGUGGAAAAGAAAUUGUUGAAAUCGGUGGGCUGACCUAAUUGGAAGAAUAGCCAUUUAUUGAUUUGAGUAAUAAAUAUUAGUUUAUAAGUCAUGUCUAACGUUUA